CAAUGAGAUUUCCCCACGAGUAAAUACACAAAAGUUGACAAGUCCACUAAAAGUUACUGGCGAUGUUUUGAUGUAAAGAUGAUGUCGAUUGAGCAAAUUAAUUUUAUUCAAGUGUUCAAAUCACUUGCCUUUCUGACUGUUUCGUUGGAAUUUUAUUUUGAUGGCUGUCAUGGGGGAAGUGGCGAUGCUGCAGUCCACCUGGACCUUGGCAGAGAGAUGCUGUCUAAGGGGAACCUUUUAGAGGCCCUCUCACACUUUGACAUUGCAGUAGACAAAGAUCCAUCAAACUACUUGACAUAUUUUAGAAGAGCAACUGUGCAUUUAGCCCUGGGAAAAUCCAAAUCGGCACUGCCAGACCUUGAUAAAAGUAUAGAGCUUAGGCCAAAUUUUGCAGCUGCUUUAACUCAAAGAGGCAGUGUAUAUUUAAAGCAGGGCCAUCUAGAUAAGGCUUCAAGAGAUUUUGAAGAAAUAGUUCAUUAUGAUCCCAAUAAUGCUGAGGCGGUGGGCUACCUUCACCAAAUAGCUCCAUUGGGCGAGGAAAUCCAGCAUGCCAAGAUCUUGUAUAACAACCAUGACUUCCAGGGGGCCAUAAUACUGCUCUCUAAAGCCAUUGAUCUGUGUCCAUGGGAUCCAGAGCUGCGCGAGAUCCGUGCAGAAUGUUACAUCGCCCAGGGGGAUCUGUUCAAGGCUGUGGGAGACAUACGACCCACCACCAAACUCAGGAAUGAUAAUACGCCCGCCUUCUUCAAGCUGGCUAACCUGUAUUAUGAGAUGGGUGAUGCAGAUGAAUCAUUGAGCCAAAUCCGAGAGUGUCUAAAACUAGACCCUGACCAUAAAGAGUGUUUCCCUUUCUACAAGAAAGUGAAGAAGCUUGCAAAACAGCUCAAGGAAGCCCAGGACCUUUCAAACGCAGAGUCCUGGGACGACUGUGUCGCCAAGGCCAAGGCAAUUAUGAAGACCGAGCCUAAAGGAUUCCCCUUCGUACAGAGAGCAAAGUCCCAUAUAUGUCACUGUUUAGCAAAGGCUGGUCACGGGAGUGAUGCAAUCAAAGCCUGUAAUGAGGUAUUGGAGAUGGAGCCGGAGAACCUGCACGCUAUGUGUGAUAGGGCGGAGGCUCGUAUUGCCAAUGAGCAGUAUGAGGAAGCGGUGCAAGAUUUCCAAGCUGCCUUAAACAUAGAUCAGGAAAAUCGACGGGCCAGGGAAGGCGUCGACCGUGCUCAAAAAUUGCUCAAAAACGCUAAAAAGAGGGACUACUAUAAAAUAUUGGGCGUAAAAAGGAAUGCCAAGAAGAAACAGAUAGAGAAGGCUUAUCGUAAGCUGGCAGCUCAGUGGCACCCUGACAAGUUUCAGGAGGAGGACGAGAAAAAACAUGCAGAGAAAGUUUUCAUGGACAUUGCAGCCGCUAAGGAGGUCUUGUCUGAUCCAGAGAUGCGUGCGAAGUAUGACGCGGGUGAAGAUCCCCUGGAUCCCGAACAGCAACAGCAGGGACACGGCGGCCACCCCUUUGGCUUCAACCCAUUUGGACACGGAGGCGGACAAGGGUUCAACUUUAAGUUCCACUUCAAUUGAUCUGGUGCACGUACAUGUCUGUGAUAACUCUUUAAUAUACCAUACCUUGCAAACUUACAUCAUAGUGUUUUUUGUUCUAAGAAAUAUUGCUGCUGAAGGUAUAUCGCUAGUAUUAGUGCUCUGUUUCAGCAAGAAUCGUAGGAGCACCUUGAAUAAAGCUUAAGUUUUAAGUUAACAUAAGUGUUCAUUCAAUACUUUUCUUGGAAUGGAGUUUGAAUUUCAUUGUGUGUCUUGUUGAAGUCAGUAAGAAAUUCUCAAACCUCAAAACUUACAUUUCAGUCGGACAUUACCAUAUUUUAAAAGCCUUUAUUGAAAGUACUUGUAUUAACUAACAAAGGAUCUUUUAUGCUUAAAAUAGGCCAACCUCUAAAAUUGCUCCUAAGAUUUUUAUGCUGAACAAGCCUAAGGUGUUCAAGGAAGAAAAUCCUGCAAUGAUGGGGAUGUUAAAUGUAGUCUAGGUCACUUAAAUGAGUUGUGUUACAUUAUUGCCAUCAACUGUCCAGUGCACGAACUUCACUGGAUAUAUUCAGUUAUCAAAUUAGAAGUUCGCAUUGGAUCACCAAGUUUGAAGAAUGACUUUUCCACCGAUAACUGGCAUUGAACAUAGUACUGCACGGGUUUUGCAAAAUCUAGAUUUUGUACCAGCCCUGGUAACAGUCUACUUGUGUUUGGAUUUUGACUCUAGGACUUUUUAAGUGUAUUUCUUAUUAAAGUUUGUAAUAUAUUCCGACGUGCUGAAAAUUUGAACUUGGUAAAGUGAAAUUAUUUUAGUGUCGUACAUCUGUUAUUUUGCUACAUAUUUGUGAGCUUUAAACUUAAACCUUGUUAAAAAUAAACACUUGAGAAAGUAAUCAAAUCAACGGGUUGCAAUUUGUGGCAUUUUGACAGAUUUAAGAUCUCUCUCACACUUAAGAUGAUUGAAGAUAUGACUAAUCUUUGAAUCAAUUAAGGGGCUUUUUCAUCAAAAAUCGUAGGAGCCAUUUUGUUCCAUGAUUGUAACAGAGUACUCCACUGUUAUUUUGACUCUUCUUAGGAACAAAAUUGCUCUUAAGAGUCCGGAUGAAACAGCCUCCAGGCCGCCAUAUGAGUUAAUGUAGACUCUCUGACUCAGGGCUAAGAUAAGAACGCUUAUGUUGGGAUAUUGUUUGGUCCGCAGUGUAAGCACAUUGUAAUAUUAUAAGCAUACUAUGUUUUUGUAAAACAUUUUUGCCGUACCAUCAUUAUUCAUUAGCCAAUGUCAAAACUCAACAUGAAGUCAGAUUGAAAUCCAUUCCAUGUAUGUUCUUCAUAAACCACCCUAUUAUGUUGCUUCACAAAGGCUGUAUUUAUAUGAUAAGAAUAUGUGACCCUCUUUAUCAACGAAUGUAGAAUGUAUCGUACACUCACUUUUUCGAGUCGGUAUCCAUAUUCAUGAUAUAUAAUUCAAAAUAAAUUCUGUAAUUGACUAUGUUAAACAAAGAUUACUUGGCUAUGCCAGUACAAAAAUUCAAUAAAGUUGUUAAAAUGAAACCUAGUAUCCAACCAAAAUUCUUGAUAUUACAUUAUUAUGUAGUAUGUUUGUGAAUGUCUUGAUUGUGAUUGAAAAAGAACAACAAUUUUAUAAAUUGUUAAUACAUUAUAGAAGCUUUCUAUAUAGAUAAAAGGACAUGUAUAUUAUCCAAUAUUGAUUGUAAUGGGAAUGGUUCUCAAUUUUACAAUUUGUGUUCCUCAACAUAGUCAUUGAGACCGUGGAUUUGUUUUUUAUAUUCAAAUUAACACGUAACUGUUUUUUAAAAAUUGUGAUUUUCUUUUUUUAAAUUCAGUAUGUAUUUUGAAUUGAACUAGAUGAGAAUGAUUUUACACAUUCAUGUUUAGAUCACAAUUAUUUGUAAGUCAUCACUAAACAUUUGACAUUUCACAGCUUUCAGCAAGUGUCCGUUUUCGUAUCAUUGGAUAAAUCAUGUUGUUAAACAGAGUAAUGCUUUAAAUGAAAGGACUUCAUUUCCUUUGAAUGCAUUGUUUUAUAGUGUGUAUUGUCAAGGGUUUUAGCUAAAGAUUUUUGCCUUUAUAGAAUGAAAUGCUUAAGAUUGAAAUAGUUUUUUUGGUUUUGAAUAAAACUUCUAAUAUAAAUACAUACAAACUUUAAAUAUUUGGCACCUAAUAUUACUUCAAUGGAACAUAAUUGCUAACAUUUUCUGUCUUAUUCAUAAUGUUCAAGGCCUCCACAGUCCGAGACAUUGUGGCAGUUUCUGCCUUACCACCGAUGACACUGUCUCUCUUCCGAAGCACAUUGUUAAAAUCUGGCAAAAACCCUUAUUGUGUGUAUAUGUUGUUAUUGAAUACAUUUAAUUUGUCAGAUUGCUAGUAGUUCAAGAGGAUAUUUAUUAAAGAAUAUGGUUUCAAUGAAUGUUUGAUGUGUCAUUAGGUCAUUUUUCAUCACUUGUAAAAUAUUGCACAUUUCCCACAACAUUUUUUAUUGGCGGUUAUGUGUGCAAUCUGUUAUUGCCUUAAAGGUUUAUUGAUAAUAAAAUAUUUAAAAACUUGA